AUGGAUCCCAAACUGGUUACUGACAAGAGAGGUCGCCGGUUUCUGCCUAAAAAACGAUACCGGUACAAUCUCCCUGGUCGUUCCCCGUCCUCCAACAAUACUAACCGGCCCCGCGCCACAGCAAAGCCCUGCGUAACAACAUCGAUGGAAUCAGUGAGUUUCCAGCCCGUCCCUCGUGUCUCUGUACUUACCACCCUUUCCCCCAGCUCGCCCGGCUAUUCGGUAUGCGCAUCCUUCCAUGCCCGAUUCAACAGAAGUAACCAACACCUCAUCGUCAAAUGCAGCCGUCUUGCUCGUCGCGGUGGAGUCAUCCGUAUCAGCGCUGGUGUCUAUGCCGAAGUUCGCGUGGCGAUCAAAGCGCGCUUGACUGAAAUCCUGCGUCAGGUCGUCCAUAUUAUGGAUUCCUCUACCACUCCCCGCCAUGAACGUAAGGUGGUCACUACUCGAGAUGUGGUCUUCGCGCUGAACAGGAUGGGCCAAACGAUUUACGGAUUCGACACUACUUAG